AUGUCUAAAGCUAUUUUCAACAUUCAAAACGGUCCAACUUUUGAAGGUAUUUCCUUCGGUGCAGAAAAAUCUAUUGCUGGUGAAGCAGUUUUUACUACUUCUUUAGUCGGUUAUCCAGAAUCUAUGACAGAUCCUUCCUAUCGUGGCCAGAUAUUAGUCUUCACACAACCAUUAAUUGGUAAUUAUGGUGUCCCUGAUGGUACCGCUCGUGAUGAAUUCAAUUUAUUAAAAUAUUUUGAAAGUCCUCAUGCUCAUGUUAUUGGUAUUGUAGUUGCAGAAUAUGCUUACAAAUAUUCACAUUGGAAUGCUAUUGAAUCUCUUGCACAAUGGUGUCAAAGAGAAGGUGUUGCUGCAAUUACUGGUGUUGAUACUCGUGCUGUAGUUCAAUAUUUAAGAGAAGAAGGUUCAUCAUUAGGUAGAAUUACUAUUGGUAAUGAUACUCCAUGUGAAUAUUUUGAUCCAAUGGCAACUCAUUUAGUUGAACAAGUUACAACUAAAAAACCAUUCCACGUUGCUUCAACUUUAAAGAAUCCUGUAGCAAAUAUUGCUUUAAUUGAUUGUGGUGUUAAAGAAAACAUUAUUAGAUGUUUAGCUAUUAGAGGUGCUAAUGUUACUGUAUUCCCAUGUGAUUUUAAAAUUCAAGAAGUUGCAGAUCAAUUUGAUGGUAUUUUCUUAUCAAAUGGUCCAGGUGAUCCAGCAAUGAAUGUUAAGACUAUUUCAAAUUUAAGAGAAUUAUUAAAUAAUCCAAAUUUUGAUAAAAUUCCAAUCUUUGGUAUUUGUCUUGGUCAUCAAUUAUUAGCUUUAGCAAGUGGUGCAAAGACAACAAAAUUAAAAUAUGGUAAUAGAGCUCAUAAUAUUCCUGUAAUGGAUUUAAUUACUGGUCAAUGUCAUAUUACAUCUCAAAAUCAUGGUUAUGCAGUUGAUGUUGAAACUUUACCAAAGGAUCAAUGGAAACCUUAUUUUAUUAAUUUAAAUGAUCAAUCAAACGAAGGUAUGAUUCAUUUAACUAAGCCAAUCUUUUCAACCCAAUUUCAUCCUGAAGCUAAAGGUGGUCCAUUAGAUACUGAUAUUAUGUUUGAUAAAUUCUUUCAUAACAUUGAAGUAUUUAAAGCUCAAAAGAAUGAUUUAAAAAUGGAACAACCAUUAAAAUCAACUAAUUUGAAGCAACUGAAUUUAAAUAUUGAUGUUCUUGCUAAAGAAAGAGUGUUAUUGUAA